UGCUGCACGACCGUUACUGUUCAGUUUACGAAGACAACGGCUGAUCAUUUCCGUUUAGUAUAAGCGGUGUGCAGUAAAACUGUAAUUAUUUUUUAUAAAUUGACAGUAGCUGAAUAGUGUGAUAGGGUUUUAAGCAGUUUGGUAGUUAUGUGCGUUAUGUUCCAAGACUCAACCGGUAAAAUAGAUUCGGAAGGGACAGGAGACUAAGCUAAUUUAGCGGAGUUAAUUAUCAGCAGCUGCGGAGGAGCUAAAAGCAAUAAGAAACGUCUCAGCAACAUCUGUUAAACCAAGAAGGCAGAGGAAUGGUUACAGAGAUCAGCGCUGAGGCUCCCGUCCUGCAUCGUCGCAGAGAUCAAAGUGACGAAGCAGCCCCGAAAGAAGGUCUAGGAGUGUGUUCAUAGUUAACUGAGAAAGGCAGAACUGCAGCCUCCACUCUAAUUCAUCCCAAAGCUGUUCAAGAAGGUUGAGGCCACUUAAGUUUCUCCACACCUGCAACCAUGGAGUUGAUUGUAACACCGGACUUCAUUGAUUUGGUGUUGGGACCCAAUACUUGUCAGAAUAGUGAUGACCAUUCCCCUUCUCGUUUCCUAAGCGUAAGGAGGAGUCAACUCUUGCAUCAGCUAAAUGAGGACUGACCUGAACAGGUUGACCAGCCGAGGAUGGACUAAGUUACCUGAAGAUCUGACAAUGGAGAAAGUGUGUGUAUUCAACAGCUUGACCACCUUUAAGAUGGAUCUGAGGAGAUCUCAGUCGGAGCCGUAGAGGAGAGGCGGUCCGUCGGCAUCUCUGCAGCCUCCACGCCGCUUCACCAUGGGUCUGCGGACUAUAAGGGUCUUUGGGAUUAUUGCUCGGUUUGCCCUGCUGGUGAGCGGCACAGCAGCAGAAGAGGUGUGUGACAGUGGACUAGUUUCCAAUCUGCCACCGUCAUCCUUCAGGAGCUCCUCCCAGCUGUCCAGCAGCCAUGCACCAGGUUUCGCCAAGCUCAACAGGAGAGACGGAGCUGGAGGCUGGUCUCCUCUCAGUUCAGACAGGUAUCAGUGGCUGGAGGUCGACUUGGGUGAGCGAACCAAGAUCACCGCUGUCGCCACACAGGGCCGCUAUGGCAGCUCUGAUUGGCUGACGUCUUACCAACUGAUGUUCAGCGACACGGGACACAACUGGAAGCAGUACAGACAAGAGGAAGGCAUAGGGUCUUUUCCAGGUAACUCUAAUGCAGACAGUGUGGUUCAGUACAAACUACAGCAGACUGCAGUGGCUCGCUUUCUCCGCCUCAUUCCUCUGGACUGGAAUCCCACCGGGCGGAUCGGACUUCGUCUGGAGGCCUACGGAUGUCCUUACACCUCCGAUGUGGUGAGCUUUGACGGCAGCAGCAGCUUGACGUACCGGCCGGGUCCGUCUCCAAGGCGGGGGUCAAAACAGGUCGUCUCCCUGAAGUUCAAAACCCUGAGGAAUUCUGGGACACUGCUGCAUGUCGAAGGGCAGGAUGGAUUGGGAAUUAGUCUGGAGCUGGAGAGGGGAAAGCUGCAGCUGCUGCUCAGUGAAGGCACCUCUUCAUCCUCUGAGCCUCGGCAGCUGACUUCCCUCAGCAGCCUGCUGGAUGAUCAGCAUUGGCACCACGUGGUACUGAGACAAAAAAACUCUCAACUCAACCUCACCGUGGACAAACAUACAGAAACGGUUUGGACCCCUGAAGAGUUUAACCUCUGGGACGUCAAACUGCUGACUGUAGGAGCAGCCCAGAACGCAGCCAGACCCAGGAAAAACUUCCAAGGCUGCCUGGAAAACCUGAUGUACAACAGUGUCAACCUAACAGAGCUAGCUAAAAGCAAUGACCAACAAGUUCAUAUAAAGGGCAAUGUGACCUUUUCUUGUGCUGAGCCAGUUUCUGUUGCCGUGACGUUCCCCGGCCCCCACAGCUUCCUCCAGUUGCCGUGGACAGCACCAUCCUCUUCAGGGGGCAUGUCCAUUGGGUUUCAGUUCAGGACUUGGAAUAAGGCCGGGCUUCUCCUCACCUUUGACCUCCCUCGGCAAGGGGGCGAGGUCUGGUUGUACCUGAAUGAUGCCAGACUCUACCUGCAGAUCCAGAAAGGAGGCAGGGUGCUGCUGGAGCUCAGUGCAGGAUCUGCAUUAAAUGAUGGUCAGUGGCAUGUGGUGGAUCUUACCUCGAGGCGUGGCCAUCUGACUGUUUCUGUGGAUAAACAGGGUGGUGUCGCUCACGCAUCGCCCUCUUUUCCUGUCGCGGUAUCAAACCAUAUCUUCUUUGGAGGUUGUCCUGCUGAGGAUCACAAUCAGGACUGUAGAAACCCUCACAACACAUUCCAGGGCUGCAUGCGUCUCCUCGCUUUGGACAACCAGCCAGUUGACCUGAUCAUGGUGCAGCAGCGACUUCUAGGAAAUUACAGCCAACUCCAGAUCGACAUGUGCGACAUCAUCGACAGGUGUUCUCCCAGUCACUGUGAACACGGAGGCCUCUGCAGUCAGACCUGGACCGUCUUCCACUGUAACUGCUCCAACAGCGGCUACAGUGGAGCGACCUGCCACAGCUCUGUGUAUGAACAGUCAUGUGAAGCAUACAAACACAAUGGAAACACGUCGGGCUACUUUUACAUCGACGUGGACGGCGGCGGACCCAUCAAACCACAGCUGGUCUACUGCAACAUGACAGAAGAGAACACAUGGAUGGUGAUCCAGCACAACAACACAGAGCUGACCAAAGUCCGGCCCUCUCCGGGUGAAAACCAACACUUGGUUCAUUUUGACUACAUGUCUGAGGAGGAGCAACUGAAAACCAUCAUCCACCAAUCAGAGCACUGCCAACAGGAACUGUCCUAUCACUGCAAGAAGUCCCGCCUACUCAACACUCUAGAGGGUUCUCCGUUCACCUGGUGGCUCGGUGGUCCCGGUCCCGGUCCCGGACUGGUCCAGACUUACUGGGGAGGAGCUCAUCCAGGGAGUCAGCAGUGUGCCUGCGGCCUACAGGGCGACUGCGUGGAUCCACAGCUCUACUGUAACUGUGACGCUGACCGGAUGGAGUGGAGCGAAGACUCCGGCUUUAUUUCCCAUAAGGAGAGCCUGCCGGUCAGAUCUCUGGUGCUUGGUGAUGUUCAGAGACCUAGUUCAGAAGCUGCAUACAGGGUGGGAUCGCUUCAGUGUCACGGCGACAGGAACUUCUGGAACGCAGCGUUUUUUGACCAGGAGACGUCAUACCUCCACUUCCCCACCUUUCAAGGAGAGCUGAGCGCAGACGUCUCCUUCUUUUUUAAGACCACUGCUUCCUUCGGGGUGUUCCUGGAAAACCUGGGCAUCAAAGACUUCAUCCGAAUCGAACUGAGCUCUGCCACUCAGGUUGUUUUUUCUUUCGAUGUUGGAAACGGCCCGCUGGAGGUUCGCGUUGAAUCGAGCUACCCGCUAAACGACGACCGGUGGCAUCGAGUCCGUGCCGAGCGGAACGUGAAAGAGGCGUCCCUCCGUCUGGAUGACCUUCCAGUCGCCAUCCAGGAUGCUCCUGCUGAUGGACACAUCCACCUGCAGCUCAACAGCCAGCUGUUCAUAGGAGGAACGGCGUCCAGACAGAGGGGUUUCAGAGGCUGCGUCCGCUCUCUGCAGCUGAACGGCGUCACUCUGGACCUGGAGGAAAGGGCUAAGAUCACACCCGGGGUUCGACCCGGUUGCCCUGGUCACUGCAGCAGCUACGGCUCGCUGUGCCAGAACCAGGGCCGCUGUGUGGAGAGAACCACUGGCUUCCACUGUGACUGCAGCCUGUCGGCUUACACUGGAGUCUUCUGCCACACAGAGGUGUCAGCCCACUUUAAACCUGGAACAUCCAUCAGCUACACCUUCAAAGAGCCAGAUGAGCUGAGCAGAAACAACAGCGACCUGCCCUCCUCCAUCUACUCUGACUCGGUUCUCAGAGGAGAAAAUGUCUCUCUGAGCUUCAGGACGACACAGAGUCCAGCUCUGCUGCUCCACGUCAGCUCCCACUUCACUGGGUAUUUAGCUCUGCUCAUCAACAGGCACGAUGAGCUGGAGCUGAGAUACAAGCUGGACAGUAGCAGAGAUGCAGAAGUGCUGAGGACCAGCAUGAGGGGAGUGGCCAACGGACUGCUGCACACUGUUACCAUCAGGAGGUCGGCCGACUCCGUGUCCGUGCAGAUUGAUGAUAAUGCCAGAGAAGACUUCAACCUAAGCUUUACAGGAGAACUCAGCCGCCUGAAGUCUCUUGUUUUGGGCCGGGUGCAGGAUUCAGAUGACUUGGAUCCAAACCUGGCCCGGCUCGGCUCUCUCGGCUUCACAGGCUGUCUUUCAGUGGUUCGGUUUAACUCGAUCAGCCCUCUAAAAGCCGCUCUGCUUUACCCGGAUACCAGCCCUGUUGUUCUCUUCGGACCUUUGGUCCGGUCCAACUGUGGCUCAUCAGCUUCAGCCAAUCCUUACUCGGCGGAGAACACCCACCACCUGUCAGACCAGUCUGGUUCUGUGGGUUCUGGUCAACCUCUAGUUAAUGCCAUGAAGACGGACUCAGCUUUGAUCGGAGGUGUCAUAGCAGUUGUGAUCUUUGUGAUCGUGACCGUCUUCGCCAUAACUGCCAGAUUCCUCUACAGGAGAAAAGAGACAUAUCAAAGCCAUGAAGUCAAGGAAGCUAAACAGGAAGACAGCCAAGAUUUCCAUUACAACAACCAAACUGAUGCCCAAAACGCCUCUGGUGAAAACUCAAAGGAGUUUUUUAUGUAACUGGAGGCCUGUUGGGACGAUGUGCUGCUGUUUAUCUGAGGGGGGCUGCAAACAGGAGCGUCCGACCACCCCUCAGGACUUCACACUGCGCUACGAGCCAGUUACACACUUUAAUGGAUGCAAAAAAUGGACUCGGGGGGGUUGGGGGGUGGAGGAACAGCACACACAUUUUUGUCUUUUAUUGUAUAUUGUGUAUAUGCUGACCUAAACUGACAGCAAUGCUGGAACUGAGAGGUGUUCAAAUCCUUGUUUAAACAACUGUACAUAUUAAACAAGUGAAUGUGAAAGUUAUGGGUGGUCUUACGUGGUUAAAUGGUGAAAGGUUUUAUGGAUUGUUUUAACUUUGUUUGUAAUGUUGCUGAUGGCACUUUUUCUGUUAGAACAGAAUGAAUGUUUGCGUAGUGUAAAGUGGAUUUUUUUUAACUCUUAAUCAGGUCUGUGAGAGGAUGUCUUCUGUGAGAGCUGCUGUUUGCUCAAGUGCAAACCUUUUUAUCGUGUGUACUGCUUUGUGGAAUAACAAUAUCAACUGUUCAAAUGUUUUGGAACCUUGUUGAAUAUCUUAAGGGGACAUUUAUAAUUUUUUUAAGUGGGGAUGUGUGUGGUAGUUACGAGUAGUCCCUAUCUUACCUGCAGUAGACAGUGGUCAGUGUAAUCUAAGUUUGGAGAAUCGUGGGGAGAUUCCUUUGGGGACUAAAAGCUACUCAGAGCGAGGACCAUUCUAAAGCAAAAACUCAAAAUUAUCUAGCCUUUUGAUUUAAUACUAGACUAGUCAUUUUAGGGUGUUUUUACACUUAUAGUUUGUUUACUUUGGUCCAAAUCAGUUGAUGAGUUUGUAGCUUUUUCUGGUGGUUUAGUUUCUUUUCACACAGAGAAAACUCCAAACGAACCUUAGCCUAUAAACCAUGCGAGAACAUUCAGUCUGGUUAUUGGGCAGAUGUCUUUGAAGCGGGAGAUACACUGAGUCUUUCUCAUUAGUGUGUUUCUUGGUACUAUUUUAGGAUUGCAUUGGGCUUUAUGUUGUAGGAAAAAGAUGAGCGGCCACUGUUUAUUAGUUUGUUUACUCUAUCACAUACCACAAUUCAACACAGACCUGGCUGCAGGAAGGCUUUGGGCUCAAGCUUGCAACAAAUACGUUAGCUGUUUUGGAUCACAUUCACACCAUAAUCAUGUCGCUCUACAGUUUGUUUGGAACAAUGCUGAGACCAUCUCCUCCAUAUGGUCUUGUUGCGGUUGUUUUGGUCCAAUCCCUAGGGUGACUUCUUUGUUCAGAUCUACACAAACAAACCGAACUAAGGGCGGAAAUGAACCAGAAUUCUUUUUAAUCGGACUAAACACCACAGGUGUGAAAAAACACUUACACCAUUUUAUAAACUUUCCCAAAAAAGUUACAACAAUGUUAAGUCACAGAUCCGGUAAGUCUUAUCUCAAAACAGUUACUGUGAGACAUUAGAAAAUUUUAAUUCCCAAACUAAAUAUUUCCUGGUGAGAUAAAAUCAGGUUUUUAAAUGGCCAUCAAAUAUUUUCUGCCAGUUUAAAAGGUUCUAAUUGUCUGUAUAUAGAGAAAGUGUACUAAAAGAUACUGAAUCAGCAUGCCAAGCAACAAUUGGACUGUCCAUGUCAACAACUUAAACAGUUGUCAAGAAAAUAAAUUAGGCAUACGAAUAAUAAGUCGUUUUUAUUUAAGUUUUGAAUGGUGGAAAUUAAUUUGUUGGAAUACUUUAAUGUGCAUUCUCCUUUCAAUGGGAAGUCGGAUUUUCCGCGAUUGUUAUUAUUUAGCUCAAAAACAAAUAGCAGAUCUAACUUUUUUCUGAUUUUCAACUAAAAUGCUAUUAACUCUGUGAGGUCAUUCUGUGCUCCGACUUCUGAGACAACUCAAACGCAGCAUAAUUGCUGCUGACUUAACUUUAAGUUGCUGUUAGCUUUACUCUUAGGACCUGUUACCUUCACUGUGAGUAACAACUAGCUUUUCUGUCAUUUGCUGUUAACAUAACCUGAAUAGAUUAGGUGCUAAUGGUGAAGGGGCAUGAGUAUCAGCCAACUUUACUCUCAGUAACAGUUAGCUUGACUCAAAAUAGCAGAGAUCUUUACUCAAUGGUACUUAGUUUAACCCCUUAUGCUCAAUAGUGGUUUGACUUUGAAUAGCUUUUUGACUGACUGAGUAACAGUUAUCUUAACGCUCACUAGCAGCUAGCUUUAUGCUUAAUACAGGUUAGCUUGAAUCUGACUGGCUUCUUAUUUGACUAUUGACCCUUUUUCAUUAGUAUCUACUUUACUCAAUAUCGGGUCGCGCCAGCUCUGCACGGUUUGGUUCUUUUUGCAUUAUAAUUGAGUCCCAUCGUAAUGUGGGCUCUUGGAAUGGCAAGCAAGCAGGUAUGAAAAAUAGUAAUGGUAAUAGUAAUAGUAACAGUUACUAAUAUAAAGCCUAAAAAGCCUUACCAAAGUUGUUGGCUUUAAGUUAUGUGGCUAUUAGUUUGACUGCAAGUAGUUCUGUGUACUCUGAGUAGCUGCUAGUUUGAUUCUAAGUAGCUGAUAACUUUACUGAUUCAUGGGAAUUCCUUCUUGUUUUUUAGAAACAGACAUUGUGACAUCUGUUUCCUGCAGGUAAGAUGCUUACUGCUCAUUUCUAAUUCAGCAACUCCACUUCCACCAUCAAACCACAUCUUUAAGGCUUAAAGUACUUUAUAAAUAACCUAGCCUAAAAAAAACUAACUAUAGGAUAAAACAAACGUGUAUCUUUAGUCAAAUAAAUUAGGGAACAUUUUAAAAUGCAGUAAAAUUGUCCUUUCUUUUUAUCACACCAAAGGAAGAUUUUAAAAACGCCCCUAAAAAAUGAAUGUUUAUCAUAACUGUACAUUAAUUUAAUAAAAGUCUCACCAUGAGGUUAUUGAGUAUUCA